CCGGAACACGCCGCAGUUUUCUCGACAAUCGUCAGGUAUGUCCGAAACAACAACCGACAGUAGUUAUUGCAUAUAGGGCUGCAGGGGCAGACAAUAGGCGGCCCGCGAAGAGGAAAUAACUGGACCGCUAAACUUGUUCAACGCUGUGUUUUUGUUUUCAUUAUUGAUUGUCUCUGCGUAUAGAUCCAGAAUAUCCAAACGUUUAAGUAUAUUUAAUGAUGUAUUCGGUAUAUUUGGUGUAUUUGUAUGUAUUAUUAAAAAAUAAAGGGACCAAAAAUAUACGGCCCUCGAAAAUUGCUUUUCAAAUUAUCCGACACCCCUUAGAAACCAAUUGCCGCGACCCCUAAUUAUAGUUGGAUUCAUGUGACAUUAUUAUCUUAGUAUAAUAUUUCUAUAUGCUUGACAUAUUCUCUAAACAUAUAUCGUUCAAAUAACAUUAAACAAUUUUAAUUAGAGUAAUAUGUUUUCAUAUGAAUAAUAAUAUAUUCUCCUCGGAGUUUGCGUGUUUUACGGCUAAAAAUAUGGUUUUCGAUGACUGGGUUUUCGUUCGAAAAAGGAAAAUGUCUUGCAGACCGUGACGAACUACGUUUUUCUAUAUUUUCGAUUCAAAAUGUGAACAAUACCUACGUCUUUAAAAGAAAAGUCGGCUUUUAAUUUUUUUCUUAAUCCGGGUUUUUGUAUCAUUUAUUGAAAUCAAACGAAAAUUCAGAAUUCAAUGAGGACUGUAGAAUUAUAUUGUCUAUCAAUUAAAAUAAAAGGAACGUAGGAAAAUAUUAUGUUGAGAAUGAGUCUUUCCUAUUCCGUAAUCGGUUGUACCCCUCCAACAAAAUAAGUAUCAGAAUAUAAAUCAAUGCAAAGUCUUAUCAUUAAGGUCAUUCAUCUUAUUUUUCAAAAUUCGAAAAUCCAACACAAGGUCUCCAACGUCAAAAUAUGCACUUAUAAUAAUAAAUGCAUAUAUUAUAAUAUAAAAAUCAUUUUUUUUUUUUUUUUAACGAGAAGGUAUAAUGGAUCGUUAAUCUUGUUAUUAUUUCAUCCGUGUUAUCAAAAGGCCGACCAUCAAUUAACAAAAAUAAUUUGAUUUUCGAUCUAAAAAUAAUAAAAAAAAAACCCGUGUCAAUCAUGCUUAACAAGGACCCGUUUAUCUUCUUCCAAACGAUGAAAUACAUCAUAUUAAAUAUUUAAUAUGCUUACAUUUUGUUUAAAUUUAUUUUUUCAUGUGUAUAUACUAUAGAUAGAAGAUUUACCUACGUGAAUAUAAUAAUUGUAUCGUCAAUUAUACGUAACAAAACCUUAUAAAUCGAUUUUAAUAAAUUUUACAAAACUAUGACAAGACAUCUGUUGUUAAAAAAAUUAUAAGAAUAAUUCAAAAUUGACCUAACUAGAUCAAAAAUACCGCAAGAAAGUUAUUACAAAGUUUUUGAAUAAAAAAAGAUUUUAGGUAGAAACGUGUUUUUCAGACGCAAAAAAAAAAAAAAUUACGAGAUUUUAUUGAGUAGGUUACGCUAGGUUAGAUUUAUCUAUUUGUUCAAAAUUUUACUUAUAUUAUUAUAACCUAUUAAGAAAUUUCAAGAUGAUAAUAGUGAAAAUUUCGUAGCCCAAUCAAACAUAUUAUUCAGCGAUUAAAACGACGAUACUAUUUUGUUAGAAAAAGAAAAUUGAUAGUUGUAUUAUAUAGGAUAUACAGGUUUGUAUUUACGAUUUUAUUAUGUUAGAAUAAAAAUACUUUUUUUAAAAUAUAAAUAUACGUACCCGUCUAUCUUUGAUAUUAUAUUCGUAUGCAUAAUGAAGCUCAUUUUAAACAAAUUUACGGGUAUAAUGUAAAAAUGGCGAAAUCAAGUACGUAAUCAGGAUUAGUUUUCGGGAAGGGGGUUUGAAAUAUUCUUUAUACAUGAAUUUGUAGAUGUCUUUUUAAUAUUUUCAAUAUAUACCUAUUUUGAAUAUUUCGGGGGAGGGUAGCUAAACCCCUAACUCCUCACUGUAUACGGGCUUGAGCAAAAUCAUAAUAUAUUCGUACAUCUAUUAGUAUGGACAAUAUAGGUAAUAGCUAUGAAUUGACCAGUGGGCAGUUCAUUCCAAAGGUUGGCCCGUGUGCAAAAUAACAAAAGGACCUACUUUAACUUUUAAUUCUACAUAAUAUAUAAUAUUGCAAAUAUAGGUACAUUUAUUCACAUUUUAAAUAAGUAUUUUUAUUCUAUGAUAAAACUGUGCUAUGCAAAUCCGUAUACGCGAUUUAUUUAAUUAAAAAAAAAAAAAAAAAUUAAAAUCAUAUAUAAAACAAAAGUUAACCGAAUUUAAUAAGUACCUAAUAAUAAAUAAUUGACGGUGAAAUUUAAUCGAGAACCGUAAAGUGUAUAAUGAAAAAUCUAUUAACUUUGUUAUAGUUUUUUGUACAUUAUUGAGUAAUUUAUAGUAUUAGAGUAGUGUUAGAGUUACAAAUUGUAUGUAUUCAAUUUUUUUUUUCUCGUUAAACGUCAGGUAAUAAUGAGCCUUUCAUCUUGACCUAGAGCCCGUGAUAUUUGCACACAGUAACACAACCGGGAUUUUUUUGAAAGGGGGGUUUCUCAUGUCUACAUUAAAAAAAACACGUCUUUUAACACGUUUAUAUUACUUAAACUCAGAUUUAGGGAGGUGUCCAGACAACCCCUGGUUCCUUCACUGUUUGCACACAUGUAUGACACGCCGCUGCUGUUAUUGGCGUAUUCAUGGAUGGUCUCGUUUGGCGUGUCUGUGCGAAUAUCGAUCGGACGGUGAAAGUCACUGCUUCUGUUAUUCUAUCGUGUAUACAGUUUUCGAUUCCAACGGAUAGGUGUUAUUUAUCAAUACAUAACAAACUAAAUAGAACAAUAGUGUUGUGUCCUCCGGACGAUAUCCAAAAGUAGGUACGGAGGUUUAAAUCGGUACCUAUAUUAUACCGACCAUUAUCGAGAGUCGAGACCCAUAAUGGAAACACGACCGAUAUAUUAUUAUAGAAACGAGACCGCGUAAAUCCGUUUUGAUUUUUCGGUUUAUAAUUGGUGUGUCGGGCGCGUUACAUAUUAUUAUUAUUAUUAUCAUCUAUUUUGUAUUGUGAACGAUCAAUGACGAUGAUGAUGAUGAUGAUAAUGAUAAAUAAUAUUAUUCGUUUCUGGUUUCAGACAUUAUGCGCUCGGGGCGACCGGCAUACGCGUGGUACAGCUGCGGCGGACGCGCGGCGGUUUGAACGCAUCGCCCCCGAAAAAGAUAAUGCCGACACGCCGAUUGCCGUCAUGAACUUUCAUUCGAUCGCCGAGCUAUUGCCAUGGAUGUUGCUGCUACUUUCCACGACCGGUUUCUCAUCUCCCGUCCCCAAUAAAAAGGUAAGAGUAACUAUUUGCCAUACUGUGUAGUGAGUCUUUCCCAAAUGAUAUCACGGAUCGCGUGUAGGUACCGAAAACCGCACACUGUAGUUUAUCGUAUAAUGGGUAUGACUCUGUAUCGAUGAUGACGUAAACGCUGUACGCUUUGAUACCAGGGAUUAAGAAAUUAAUUUUUGGGUGCUAUUUUUUUUUUCUUUAUAUAAUUUUGUCUUUUUGUAAUGAUUAGAUUGGGUUUACAUAAGUUUAUAGAACCCCACUUAUAAACAUAAAUCAUAAACCUUCUUCCAGUACCAGCCUACCUACCCACCUGUGAAAUCACAAAGCUACAAUAGGUAAAUUAACGAAACGUGUAUAAAUCAAAGACCUAUAUGAUAAGGACCCACCGGGAAAUUCCCGGUACCCCGGCGGGCCAGUGCGUGUCUGUAUUACUAUAAUAUACUCGUAAUUUGCCUAGUAUACCGUAAAGGGGAAGGAAUUUUCAACAUUUAAUUUGCUUGUAUUGAAAACUAUACAAAAUUGACUUGAUCCCAUUCAAUACCGUGUGUUGUAACUAAAUAUUAUUAGAUGCUAACAUUAUUGUUCAUAUUUUAGAUUUGGAGUGUAGCGAAGGAUCUAUUGGUUUUACUAUAUAUGUUUUUUUUUUCUGUCUGUGAAUAACUUUUGUACAAGAAACCUUGUUUCAAAGUAUCAAAUGUAGCAUCUUUUCCGAAAGGAAAUUUUCUGUCGUUAGUGUAUUAAGGAAGUAAUUUAUUAAAUUUUCUAAGGGAUUUUCUAUAUAAUUGGGAAAACCCCGAACGAAAAUUAUAGGCAAAACAGUAAAUAUUUACGGUACACCCACAGGCGCUACUAGACCACCAUCUUUGAAGGCGUUAAAAUUAUAGACACAUCAAAGACCUCAUGGGGUCUGUGAUGUGAAUUGAGUCAUCAUUUCAACAAUUUCCUUUACACGACACCUAUAAUAAGCAACUAUACAUUUUAUUUACAAUUUUUUGUAUAAAAAUGUAUCUUAACUUUUUAACUUUAUUUGUAUACAUUGUCAUCUAUAAGUAAUUUGUAUAAUUGUUGCCUAUGCUUAUUAAUUAUGAAAUACACGAAUAAAUAUUUAGUCAUUACUAUUAAAAACAUAUUGGGUAUUUUUGAAAGUGCUAAUUUUAAAUUUGGGGGGGGUGAUAAAGACUCUUUAGUAUCCCCCAUAAUUGCGCCUAUGGGCACACCACGGCGUUGCCGAUUUUAUUAUUUUAAAUUUGUAUAUAAGAUGUUUUCUAUCAGAAAUAUUGCGCCAAUCAAAAAAUAACAAGAGAUCGAUUUUAUUCCUUUUAAUAUAUAGCCGCUGAUAGAGAAAUUCUUUUUUUAAUAUCUACCUAAAGUAGUUUUUAUAAGAAAAAUCAAAAAAAGACGAAAAAGACGAUUUGUUUCAAAUUACGGCACAACGGUUUCAUUAUAUAAAAUUGCUACGGGUUAUAUUUUCUUUUAUUUAAAUAUUGCUUCAAUAGAAAAAUGUCAAGAAAAAUCGUUUUUUGAUUUUUUUUUUGUAGUUGUUUUAAUAAUUGAGCAAAACCGAAAAAUACGUAGAAAGAACGGGAAAAUUUACGAAACUAAUUCUUUUAUUAUUAUGAAUUUUGUUUUUUUAAUGUAAUUUAGUUAAAAAUAUUGGUAGAAUUAAAAUGUUGACAGAAAACUUACAUUUAUAUAUUGAAUAUAAUAUAUAUAUAUAUUAUAUUUUUUUAUUUCUCAACGUGGUAACAUUUUCAGAACAUUUGAGUCGUUUUUGAGCUAUUUAUAGAAAUUUUAAUUUUGCGAGGGUUUAACGUAAUUUUUAUUAGGUAGGUACUAGGUACUCUUUAAAUUGUUAGAUUAAACAAUAAUGCUUGAAAAUUUGACAAGAUGUUAAUUAUAAGCUUUACUUAGUGGUCGAAAAAGAAUUGAGUGUAAUUUGGUAUUUUUAUUUUUUUUAAAAGAGUUUUAAAAUAAAAUGUUGACGAAAAUCGUAAAUACUACGGUCUUUCAAAACAUAUUGUCUAACUGAACUUCGUAAGUCGGACUAAGUAAGAACUUUGUAAGUCUCGUUGACCCUUUUCUUUUUUUAUUUUUGUCAAUUCGAAUAUUGAUUAUUAGGGAAACCGGAACAUGCAUUAUAAUGUAUAGAAAAUAGGGAUGGACAUAAAAUCCGAAUUAUCUAGCUAGUGCUAGAUCCAAAUUCUAGAAAUAACGAUAACUAAAAAAAUGAGUCGGAUAAUCCGAAUAUGCCCAUCACUAAUAGAAACAGUACUAUUAUAUAUAUAUUAUUAUACUAAAUAUGAUUGCGGCUCGAUAUUUGUUUUCUGAUUUCAUAUAAUAACGAUCGUUAUUAUAUUAUUACAACCCUCGGUUAAAUAUUUAUAGAGUAGAUUAAUUAUAUUAUUAUUAUUAUCAUCCGCAUUUCGUAUCUUCGUACACGCACACUUGACCGUAUAGUUCGUAUAGACGGCACGGCGCGGCGGCAUAUUGAAUGGUAAUUUGAAAGAAAAAAAAACCGUAUAUAUAUUAUUACCCUCGAGGAUCUUAGGCGGCACAUUGUCUGCCACGUUUUGGAAUAGUUUUUAUGAGGUCGAGCGCACACAUUGGAUGGGCGUGUCUCGAACACCUUUUCAUUUACAAGCCCGCGGGUAGAGAAAGAAAAAAAAAACAUGUAUCGGGUAUAUAAUAAGAAAUAAAAUCGGUGCCGGCGAGUCUGGGGUUGACUCUGUGAUGCAGUAUACAAUACGAUCGACACACCUGCUGCUGCAGGCCCGCAAAUAAGUGUUAUCGUUGAUGUACGGGAAAUCUGCAUUAAGUAUAUUGUAUUUAUUUAUGUGUGUUGAAUUUUACGAGUUAUCGAUGAUCUUCAAAAAAUAUAUAUAAUUAUUUGUGUUAAUCAGUAACUAUUAAAAUUAUUUAAUAUUUUGUCGAUCUAGCCCAGUGUUUCUCAACGUUUUUUUUAUUCUACAUUUCUCUAGUAGAUUUUAAAAAUUCUCUUAAAAAUCAAUUCCAAAAUAUCGUAUACUCUAUGAACCACUUAUUGGAGAAUAAAACAACAGAGAUGCUACACAAUUUCUUAGUAAACUGAUUUCCUGAUUCAUAUACUACGUACUUGUCUAGUAAUCAUAGUUUCUUCUUUUUGAUAAAAUGGCUUUACAAUAUUUCUGCAUGAUAACUAACUACAGAACAUUAUUAUAAGAUGCGCUAUACUUUAUCAUAAAAACAAAAUAUCUUUGUUCAAUGGGAUUUCGAGCUAUAAUCAAUUAACAUCAGUUCUCUGGUUCGAUGUCUAUAUACUUUUAUAUAAGUGGCGAAUUUUACUAACAUUUUUCUGGGAGGGGUCCUGAAAAAUCAUAUGUAUUUCAAAGAAAUCUAUUAAUUAGAUUGAAUAUUAUAAUUAGAAGCCUCUUUUUAUACAAUAUUUUAUUGAAAUUAUAUCAGUUUCUGGGAUGAUCCAGACCCUUUGGAUCAACCCUCGCCCCGCGUAAAUUCGCUACUGUUUAUACAUACAUUUUGUUUCAAAAUUUUAGGAGCAUAACCAUAAUAAUUACUUGUUUAUAGUUAUGUAUAGAUUAUGUUGAUGAUCGUUAUGAUUCAAUGGUCGAUGACUAUAACAUAAAAUUAAAGCGAUGGUUCGAGACUUAUUGCGUUUAAAACCAACAGUAAAAGAAAAACAUUUAAAAAAACAUACUUACCUAACCACACCUUUGCCAUAAUCAGAACUCCAUUUCGUCUAUAUUUAUUAUGUAGGGUCUAUGUUGCUAUUGAUAUAAAUAAUCUAACGGGAUAAAAAAAAAUUACAUAUUAUGACGAAAUUUUAAAAUUUGGCUGUUAAAUGUUUUCGCUAAGCUAGCGGAGGGCUUAACGAUACAUUGUGAUGUGUCAUCACAGUGUGCCCUUAGUAUAAUAUAUACAAUAAAAAACCAGCAGAUAAUCUUAGUAUGUAACGAACAAAUCCGUUUCAAAACGGUUUUGCGGUUUUCAAUUGAAUCCGUUGGACAUAUAUUUAUACCUACAUUUAUUGGACGUCACCACUAUUGCCAUUAACCUCUUUUAUAGACUUUAUUAUAUAGACUUGGUAUAGACACAUAAGCCAUCGCAUAUAAUAUUUUCUACAUAAUAAUAUGUUAGUGACGAAAUGCAGUGGCCAAUGAAAUUACUAUAGGAACCUUUGAAAAUCUGCGCGUUCGUAAUGUAGUGUCACAAACUGUAACCUUGAAAAAAAUCUAACUAUACGCGAACACACUCAUGCACAUUUACACGAGUAUAUAAAAUGAUAAUAUAUUAUGUGUAGAAGCGUUUAUAAUAUUAUUGCGCUCAGAAAGAUUAUCAAAAACGGCCCGAGUUGAAAAAAAAAUACGUAAUAAAUCUUUUACGGUGCGUCGAAUUCGAAUAGUAUAAUAUGUAUUUAUAUUAUAUUGUACAAUAUAAUAUUAUACACAUAUAUGUAAGUGGACCCGAAUAAAUCACCACUAGAAGGAAUAAACAUCCGUUACGACAGUUUUUUUUUUUUUUUUAGUGCAUUUUCUUCAAUUGAGAAUAAUAUAAAAUAACGACUGGUUUGUUGUAUAGGUAUACGUAUAUAAUAUAUUAUGUGUAUUGUGUAUGCAAAUUAUCAAUUGGUCAAAUAAACUGGGUAAAAAAACUUGGCAUUGUAAAAUAGAAGUUAGUAAAUAACAAAAAAAAUUCUUAUUAUUGAUAGAAAAGUUCAACAUUUCUUUGAAUAUGUCUUUUUUUAGAUUCUGAGUGAAACGAGAAUAUUUAUUGAUUUGACUAUGGUGAUUUUUUUUUUUUACCUGUGAAUAACUUUUCUAUCACAAUUAUUUUUUCAAUAAAUAAUGACACGAGACCUUUUUUGUUGCAUUUUGGAUCAAAUUGGUGCACCAAGGAAGUCACUGUUUGAUUUUACAAGUGGUUUCAUUAAUAAUUGGAAAAGCAGAGGAAGAUAAUAAAAAGGAGAUAAUUUGAGAACCAAAAUAGCUUAUUAAGAAAUGAAAAUAUUAAAAAAGUCAUUCGUAAUAUCUAUAAUAAACACAUUUCUUUAUAAAAUGUAUCAAUAGGUUAAGAUUUCUUAUUAUUAUUAUUUUAUAAUCGAUAUUACCUAUAUCGGUGUAUCGGACAGGUGUAGUAAAACCAAUACAUUCUUCGCUUCUUUCAAAAUUUAAAAAAGAAACACAACAUAAACUUUUAUACACAUCAAUAUGUAUGAGUAUAUAAAGUAUUUAAUAAAUAUAUAUUUCCAAAUUUAUGUCAGUGGAAUCAGUAACGUUGCUGUGGCGGGAGGGGAGUUGUAUCCCUCCCACAUUAGCUUCAAAAUACAACAACUAUGGGUAUGUAUUUAGUAAUUAAAUAUUGAAAUACACGUAUUUCAGUUAAGUUACAAGGAAAAGCUUUAUUUAUUAAAUACAAAUUGACAUUUUUUUAAUUCGACUCUUGAAUUCCAAACAUAGCCACAAUAGAAAAAACAAUUCUACGAUUUAUUCGUGACUAUUAUUUGCUACAACCUGUCCUAUUCAAAUUCCCGGGCAUGCUACUGAAUGGAAUGUGUUAAUGUUCGCCAUUUAUACUGAUUUACACCUAUAUUAAUAAUUUUAUAUUGCACCGGGUACUGCACUUUAAUUAUAAACACUUUAUAGUGACAGAAAUAUCAAAGCGAGUAAUCUAAAAAUAUAAUGUUUAUAAGGAGACGUGAGUUUAUAAUAUACUGCAUCGGCAACCGUUUUAAUCGGUGAAAUCGAGUCGUCUGCAGUGGUGCUAUUAUGCAUCAUGACAGCAACACACCAUAAUCAAGUGCCUGUCCGUGUAACAUAUUAUGUAUUUAUAUGUAAAUACAAAACAAACCUAUAAUAGGGUAUUUAGUAUUUUUACUGUAUAGAAGUACAAUUACCUAUACAUAAAUAUAUAGUUACCACUAUUACCAGCGUUAGACAAGUACAUGUAUACAUGUAAUAUAUUAUUCGUGGUGGUUAUCCAAUUAAUAUCGUUUAGAGGGAGACCGGUUAUUGUCGUAAAAUUAUAUUCCUAUAUACCUUUAUAGAGUUAUUAAUAAAACACCUAUCCGUUCGCGUUAUGUGUCUAUAAGAAAAUAAAAAUUACCGUGCUAAAACGGGUUUAUUUUUUCACAGUUUGCAGAUCGCGUGAAUCUAAUCAUAUUAUUGCUACACCGUAAAUGUAAGUAGUAAGUCGUGUGAAUACAAUAUGUACGUGAGCUAUAUAAUUUGAACUUGUUAUUGUACACUAUUUGAAUUACCAGGAAUUUCCUAGGCUCAAUCCUUGAAAAUUCAAAAACAGAAAUCAAUAAAAGAAAUUUAAUUUAAUACAUCUCCCAGUUUCCAUCCUGAUACCUAUCACUGCAGUUAAUCUCUGUAGUCCGGUAGUUUAUAUUUUAAAUAGAACACCUCCUUAUUGUAUUUAACAACCAAAUUGGAUAAUAAUAACACUAUCGUCAUCCGUGUCACCAAAGAAAUCCUCUAAAUUAAAAAAAAUCAUGUGUCAGCCAACUCUCUAGUAUUCAAUUUCGAGGUAAAAAGUAAACAGCGAUUUUAUUUUUGUUUCUAAAUGUCAAGAGUGCAGGGUUGCAUCAAAAUAGGAAUAAAACACUGAUUUUCAUUAUAGUGGACUGACAGACAGGCAAACAAACAAAAUUUGAAUUUAUACAUAAGAUAAAAUUUAGUUCGGAAUAAAAACUUCGAAAUAACGUUAUGAAUUUAAUAAAGUAAGAAUUAUUGUAUAUGUAUUUGCAAUUUUCAAAAAACAAAUUAAAAUUACAAGCCUCAUAUUAUGAUUGUUAUUAUUUUACAUUAGGAUUACACUUACGAACAGUGACAUUCUUGAAAUCCGCGUGUAUUUCACAUCAGUGUUCCGUUAAAAUUCUUUUAAAAGCCCUUUUAUGCAAGGCACCGUUUCAUUAUAACAACCGGUUUUCAUAAGGCUCUGCAAUUUGUAGUCUAUACAGAAACGGUUUUCAUAAUAUUAAUGUUCACAAAAAUAAUAAUAAAAACUUGUACGUGCACUUACGUUGUACAUUUUCUAAUUAUUAAUCUACGACGAAUAAUGGAAUUUAAAAUAUUUUUCACCGAUAGGUAUCUAUGAAAAAAAAAUUGUCAUUUAAUUAUUCUGUAUAAUAUAUAGUACCUAACCGAUUAAAAGAUUUUAUUAAAAAUGUAUUACUUAUAAUUCAUAACUUUUUAGAUCUAAUAAUGUAUAUUACUUAAUUACCAACCUUAAUAUUAUGAUUUUUACAUUACAUGAUUAUUUUGUCAGUGCUCGAAUCGGAAAAAUAAAAUAAAACUAUAUGAGAUUUUAAAACAAUAGCUUUCACCAUGGGAUUGAUUAAAUGACAUUUUUUUUCUUUAAUUUAAUGCAGCAAUUUUAACUAUACGAACGGAAAUAAGAAAAUACGAUAAAAAAUAACUGCAAAAUAUUUUAGUGUUUCGGCGUGAUUCCGACCGUCGACCCCUAUAACGUUUACUUUAAGCUAAUGCCUAACCUUUUGACCUACCUAUCCAUAAUAAAAUUAAAAAUUUAACAAACACGGCAACGCCAAUUGUGACUAAAUACGGUAUUUCGGUAUUUGGUUACAAAUGGCAUUUUUAAUUAUUAUCGUGAUAGCCCUGAAAUGUAAUAUAAUUAUUUAUAACUUUAUAAUUAUAUAAGCAUAUGACAUACAAUUGAUUUAAAAAGCAAAAUGUAAUACGAUAUUAUUGAUUUAUGAUUUUAGAUAAAAAAAAGUCUUAAAUAAUAUAAUAGUAUAAUUUUACACUGUUUUUAUAAAGUUGAGUUAUUUAAUUAUUAUAAAGCUUAGCGACAUUGUUGAUUUCGAUAUUAACCUAAAAACACAAACCUUCCCGGGAAUUUCCUGUUUAGUUUUCAAUUAAUGCAUAUUCCUGUUUGGAAUACAUAAUUUCGACUAUCUUGACUAUUCUAGGGUUAGUAUUGACAUUUUUAUAUCAUUUAUUGUACUUUUUUUUAUGUAUUUUAUUGGUCCUUUUUCCAAUCACCCUUUUCAUUGUUUUUCUUCCCUUCCCAUAUAAAUUUAAUGAUACAAUAUGAUUUUUAUUAUAUUAAAGUGUAAUAAAUAUACAUAUACUUAAACUGAUUAGAAUAAUAUUAUCAUUAUUCGUACAAAGAAAUGUGUAAUAAAUUUGAAUAAAGUACUAAAGAAAAAUUAAUUUAUGCAAUCAAAUCGUUUAAACAAUCAAAUAAAAACUAUUGUUCUUAAUAAAUAUUAUAUAAUUUUUUUUUUACUUUUACCUAUGAUAAAAUAUCUACUAAAAUAUUUCAUUAGAUUCGGCUGAUUAAUUAAAAAUUACAGUGUAUCGACGGAAACAGAGUCUUUCAGACGUUUUUCGUCAAGCAAUGGUUUAUCAUUGCUCACAGAUAUAAAUGAAAAAACCUUGUGUAUCCUACCUUCCGAACUUCUCAUCUACAACAGUGACCGCUGCCAUUCCCAGUAUCAGGUCUUUUUUUUUUGUUUUAAUUCUUACAGUCUUAUGUUUCCUAUUCGACGAACACUGCGGAUAGAUAGAUAUAUGCCUACCUGUUGUAAAACUCCCGAUUCGUCCCCGAAAAAAAUCUCUAGAACAACGUCUGACGUAGGCAACCAGUUUUUUUGUUUUCUUAAGUGCGUAAUAUACGACUGUAAUAUAUAUCGUCGAUCGGUGUGUAUAGGUCGGUAUUAUACUUACUACAAUAAUUUCCGCGUAUAUCCUCGACGUCUAUACGUGCGACUGUUGAUGCGGCGUGGCGCCACAGCUACCUGAGCUACCUAUAUUUAUGUACAAUAGAAUAAUAGCCGAAAUGCAUUUCGGAAGCGACUUUUUUUUUUCUCCGUCUCGUCGAUAAUCAAACUCGUUUGCCGUACCUACCUAUCAUAAUAAUGUAUUAUAAUAAUAAUAUUACAACGUUUCAGAAUAUUAUUACCUGUGCAGUGUAAAAACGGCGGGUCGACUGGUUUUUUUUUUUUUUUUCAAAACGACGACGUUUUCGCGUGGCGAGCAGCAUUGAAAUAUACGAUUGUUUUUCUGGUUUUUUAUUUUUUACUUAUUAUUUUUGCCACCUCUGCCGCAACAGUAUAAUAUAUAGACAGUGGCAUUCGUAAUUAUCAUUAUAAUAUUAUUAUCAUUAUUAUAUUAUGAUACGAGCGGAAAAAUAAAAACACGCGACAAACCGGGAAUAUAAAUAACGUCGAUACCUACCUAUAGUAUAAUAAUAUGUGAUAUUAUAAAAUGCGACGAAAUUAUAAUAUUAUGUGCACGCCGUGCGCAUAUGUCGCUUGCACGGCUGUAAGAAAAGAAAAAAAAACACUUACGUAUAUAAUAUCAAUUAGGAUUUACAUACCGGCUAUAAAAUAUUUAAAUGCUCGUUUAUACAUAUAUAUAUAUAAUUUUAAAUAAUACAAUACAAUGACUAUAUCAUGUGUACGACUGUCCGCAGGAGUUUGAUUGCAAAGGUCGGGUGGAACGGUGUGAGAGGAAAAAGGCGGCCGCCAGGAGGCCGGUGUGCGGCACCGACAACAUUAGCUACUCGAACAGGUGCGCCUUACUGCAAGAGCGGUGCUUUAACAACUCGUUGUUGCGCGUCAAGCACAGGGGACGAUGCAAAGGUAAGACGUGAAAAGUCCUAACGGGAAGUGCGAUCGCCACUCCUCAGAUGUUUUAAAACUGCUCAAAGUAUCAUUUCUAUACACAUAUAUUUUAUUCAUAUAGUAUAUGAACAUAAUACUUCGUAUAUUAUUGAUAUGCCAGCUGUAUUUCAAUUAAACUGUGUACGAUGACGUAUUACGCAUUUAGAGCAGUUAUCUGUAUAAACCAAAAAUAUCGAAAUAUACCCAUUUAGGCCAACAAAAAAAAAAAAAAAAAAAUCGUUUUGGACACAACCCGUUUAUGCCAAAGUAUAAAAGGUUUCUUUUUUUCCGACCGCCCAUUUACGCCAAAUUUACCUGCGUAUAUUACACGAUUACAUUAUGAUUAAGUAUAUCACACGAAAAUCAUUUUUACGUUACCUUUAUUGGUAAAUUUUGCGUAAAUGGGCGGACGGUCGGAAAAAAGUACCUUUUUAUGGUGCAAAUGGGUGAUUCUCAUACCCCUAAAAUAUGCUUUAAAAUAUAUCAGAUUAAAUAAUGAUGGAAAUCAUGUGGAAAUUGUCUUAAAAAUGUAUGAAUCAUUAUGCUUCAGAUAAAAAUCAAUUGCAAAAUCUUGACUGCGAGUCAUUGCAUAUUUACGACGUAUUUAAGAGAUUUUUACGAACGAGGUAAAAAACAUCCCCCCCCAGUUAUAUGGGUACACACAUGACCAUACUUGAACAUGUACUUUAUUUUCUUCACCUCAACAUUGCUUCUUAUUCUCUCUAAACAUUUCUACUCAAAAUCAUAUUAACGCCUUUCAAAUUUUGUCGAUUGGGGACAAUCGCCCGUUUGCCUAAAAGUAUCACUGGCAAUUGCAAUUAACUCAUUUUCUAAUUUUCAAUGACAACAGUCAUGCGUAAAAUAACUAGGUACAUAUCAAUCACCACAGCGACAAUUCGUUUCAUCGUGAAAUUCAUACAAAUAAUUGUUUUAUUUGCUUUUAUUACAUAAUUUUACUAAUCUACGAAUAUGAUUUUGCAGCUGUGUGUCAAUAUUUUUGGAAAUUAAAAAAAAUAAGAGUAUACUUCACGGGGUUGGGUACUUACCUUACUUCAUGCAGAUACAAUAAAAUACAAGGUGAUUCAUGUAAGUGGGUACACUCAUUUCUCGGAAGUAUUGAUUUUUUGAUCAGUGUUGAUCAAUUGACGAGAUAUUCAACUUUUAAGUUUGGGUUAGAAGGGAGUAGUGGAGUGUCAUCUGUGUGACAGUACGGCGCGCGACGUAUUAUUAAUGCACCACUACUCUCCUCCAACCUAUAAUUAAAAGUGGAAUAUCUCGUCAACGGCUUGACAAAACUCAAACAUUUCAACACUUAAAUGUAUUUUAACUAAUACUUCAUCUGCUUAUGGAAUUUUUAAUAUAGGUUGCCAUUUGAAAAUCAAAAGUAGGUAGUGUUUUUACCCCCAAAAGUAAUGGUGACAAAAAAUAACAUAAAUAUAAAAAUGUAGAACAGCUUGUUUCUUAAAUUGUAUAGAAUACGAAUUUCGGAAAAAGUUAAUACUUUCAGAGUUAAUGAGUGUACCCACUUAAAUGAUUCACCUGGUACUAGUAUAUUAUUAAUAUAUUAUAUUUGCGAUUGCCGCUGUUCGUUUUUUAUCGUUUACACAACUCUUUCUCCAAGACCACUGUAGUUCUUCGCGUGAAUAAUAAUAUAACCUAUAAAUAAAAAUAUUGUCAAUAAGUACAUUAUAUUAUCAGAAGUUUCCAAAAUUUUUAUGGUACGACCCAGAAUAAUAUCAAUGACCCUUUUUUUUUUUGGUUUAUUUUUCAUUUCUGGAUGGUUCAUGAAGUUUGUUCAGUCACAUACUCUCAUUCGCAAGUAUAGAUCCAAUUUUCUGGUAGAAAAUUUGUUCAUAGGAAAAAAAAAGCCGUAAUAUAUUUUAACUUAUAGCAAAAUUUCGUACAUUUUUCCGUUUUAUUGGGAAAAAUUGGGAAAAUCGAAAAAAAUGAUUUCCCUAAAGUACCAACCGUCAGAUUUUCUUUUAGAAAAAGUGGCAUCAUUAUAAAUCGGAACAAAAUAGCUGGUAGACAAAAUUGUUCACAGGUAAAAUAAUAACGUAAUAUUUUUUUUUAAAAUUAAUACCUACCUUUCGUACAUUUUCCCGGUUUUUGUCAAUUUUUUUCCUGUUUUUACAAUAUAUUGAGAAAAUUCUUGGAAAAAUUAAAUAAUGACCUUUCUAAAGUACUUCUCCAGUGUAAUUUCCUUUCAGAAAAAGUGUUACAAAGUGCUUGUAAAUCGUAGCAAGAUUUCUAGUAAAAAAGUUGUUCGUGGAUAGAAAAAAAAAUAAACAUCAUUGUAAAACUAAUACCUUUCUCGUCCACUAGAAUUUAAAAAUGUAUUAUUUUAAAAUAUAACGCGACCCACUAAAAAUAUCAUCGCGACCCACACUUUGGGAACCUCUGUAUUAUAUUAUUGUGAUUAUACUAAGCUAGAUAUGAUAUGUAUUUAACUGUGACAACGCAUCGAUUGGUUUAUUAAACGAAAUAAUGUAAACUAUAACUUUUUUAUUAUUCCUAUUGAACUAUUGGAUUGUUAUCUUAAAAUUGACUUAUAUACUUACCUAUUCAUUUCAUAGUUUUUACGUAGAUGCUCAUUUUAAAAUCUAAUAUUAAUGAUAUAAUUAUACCUGUUCAUUGGAGAAUAGAUAAAAGCUAAGAAAGAAUAAAAGCUACAGGAAAAUAUUUUAUGUUUAAGUCAAACAUAAAAUUAAAAUUUUUUGGGGUAUUCGAAAUACAUUUAAAUUGAAUAUAAAAUAAAAUUACAUUAUUUUAUGAAGUUAAAUAGGAAUUAUUCGAUUUUUGAUUAAAAUUCAUAUUGAGUAAUAGAAUCUUUAAGAUUUUACACACUCAGGUAACUAAACUAUAUAAGCACCUAUUUAAUGAUUUUACAGAAAAACAGCCCUGUUGGGUGGAUCAGACGAUUAAAACGGACGAUCCAUCAACAACACCAGACUCGUAUAUGCCCAGGUGCAAAGCUGAUGGUACUUACUUCCGGAUCCAAUGUCAUAAAAAAGAAAGAUAUUGUUGGUGUGUAACACCCGCGGGGAAAUUGGUGCCCAACACAAUGGUUAAAGGAGAAAAACCAAUAUGUGAUAAUGUCAGAGGUUCGUUUGAAAUUUGUAUUAGUUGAUAUCAUAUAUUUUCUGUUAAGUAUCUACUCGUCUCAUAUUUUAUCACAUACGUACCAAUUAUAGCAUCGUAUUUUAAUAGGAAAAGGGCAAAGACCUCCGGGAAAAGGAAAUAAUACCAGACGAGGUAAGCAAUUUAAUUAUUGUGCUAUAUAAUUUAACAUAAAUUUUAAAAAUCUAAAACUGUUUGUAUAAAUUACAAACAUAUAUCAGUUAUAUACUAUUUUUUCAGAAUGCAAUAAAAAUGAUAAAACAACAUUCGUAAGCAAUUUAAUGAGAAUAUUCAGAACGGAGUACCAUCGGGACCAGCAUGCACUAAGUGGUAAAUUGUAAUAUUAUUUUUACCUAUACGGUAUACAUAUUAUUAUUAUACAUAGCAACUUGUAGGUAGGCAGCACAUUUAUUAUCAAAGCAUUGUCAUUUUUCCUAAUGUACUUAUUAAACAUUUAAUGUCGACCUAUUAUUAUAUAAUAUUUAUGCGAUUUAUGCCGGGUCCACGCCUGCGCAAACAUGCGUGCGUGUUCAUUGUACUUAAUUCAAAUCCCAAUUUCGACUUCAGAUUGACCAUACAGCACAUGCUCAAUUCGUUCGUUUGCAUUUAGGUACGUAAACGUCGGGGCGUGCAAGUGUACGAUGCAUCAUCGCAUAGCUAUCUGUCAAAAGUAGGUCCUUCAAAAGGUUUAAAAGGAAUUAUAUGUGUUCAACGUAUAAAAUGUACGUCACACAGUAUCUACUGAUGGGUUAAUUUGAGUGUACACUCGAGGCUCGAGCAUAAAAUGUUCAAAAUAGAUGACAACCAAUAACGGGUUUUCAACAUUUUUCUGGUAGAGAGAGGGGUUCUGGAAAAUAAUAUGUAUUUCAAAUUGUCAAAAUUAUUAUUUUGAACAGACACCUGUUUUUGGACAACAAUUUAUUGGAAUUUUAUGUAUAGGGCGGGCGUCUAGACCCCCUGGGUCUCUCCAUAAAUCUGCCACUGGAUAGGUAGGACCCGAAUAUGCUCAGCACCCGGCUAAAUAAUAAUAACUAAUUACGCAAUACUUUAUUUACAGUCGGGUAAUUAUUAAUAUAGAAAGUGUACCUAUUAUACCUACUAAUAUAAAAACAUAAGUAACUAAUACAAAUUCAAAUGUUAGAGAGUGACCGUUCAUUGUUGGACCUAAUUAUGUUAGACACACGAGUCGUUGAAUGGAAAUUCAGUUCCUUGGACAUUGACAAAAACGGCAAUUUAACCAGAGUAGAAUAUAGAGAUCUGAAAAGAAUAGUUCGCAAAGAGGUCAGACCCAAGCGGUGCUCCAGAAAGUUUAUUCGUUUGUGCGACACGGAUCGCAACAACGAAAUGUCAAAAACCGAAUGGAUGGAUUGUUUUUCAAUAGAUGGUAAUAGCCAUUGACAUAUCUACCUAUUAUAUAACAAAAUAUUCUUAUUAAUACUACCCUACUUUAAAUACAAAUAGUUUAUUUGGGUAAAUUUUACAACUGAAACGUUAUAGGUAAAAGAACUUCGACCACGUCAUCAACAACCACGACCACAACAACCACCACCACUACAACCACCACCACUACAGUAAUGACGCCGAUAGAGGACUACGAUGACGGUGGAAUUGGACUCGAUGAAGCCAACCCCGAUAACAGUAAACACAAUCACAGUUUAUUUUCAUUAAAACUACAACAGUCCACAUUAAUAUAAAUAUCAUAUAUCAUUCUCUACUUAUGAAAGUUUUCUUUAGCUCUGAGUUUGGUGAGCCAUUGUUGCCAUGGCUCCAGUUUUACCUUAUUACAAAUUGUUUAUGUUCAUGGUGUUAAAUCUAUUAUCGUCGAAGCAACUUCUGGUGUUCCACAAGGCGGUCAUUUCUGUCCUCUACUUUUACAUUAUUUAUUAAAACGAUUAUUAUCAACAGUCGUUUUCUUUUUUUUUGCUAAUGAUCUUAAAUUGUUUUUAAAAAUUAAUUCUCUUAGUGACUGACAUUCAUUGCAAAAUUAUACUUAUUUUUUAAUGUCUUGGGCAAAUGUUCAUGGAUUGGAACUGAAUUUAUCUAAAUGUCACACAAUAUCUUUUUACAGAUCCCGUGAAAGAUUUGAUUAUCACCACUUUAUCAAUGCUAAACCUUUAUUACGAAUUCUUAAUAAAGUAUUUGACUUAAAUAUUGAGCAUCCUACUCAUGGUUAUUAUCCAAUUUUACACAAGUUUGGUUUAUGAUCCUUAGCUGAUAGGAAGCGAGUUGCUAAUCUUAAUUUUCUCAACCAGCUAAUAGAUUAAUUUUAAAGUCCCUUCCAAGUGGAAGGUUUUUAAACCCAUUUUUAAAACCCAUUUAAACCAUUUUUUAAACCCAAGUGCAAAACCAAUUAUGUUGAGAACCAUCUUUAGAAUGAUGCGUAUAGCAUAAUAGUGAUCGGUUAGAUUUUGAAUUUUUGUUAUAGGUGUAUUUAUUUGUUGUUUUUAUAUUUUACAUGUUAUUGUUAAUUCUGUAAUUAGGCUCAGCCCAUAUUUUUUAAAAUUAAAAAAUAAAAAUAUUAUAUAUUAUACCGAAAACUUACCUUAAUAAUUAUAGUUCUACAAACAAGCGUGGCUACACUUAGUGGUACCAUCCCAGGUUUAAUGGCCGAAAGUGAUCAAGAAGAAGAAGCUGAAGGUAUUUAUUUUUCAUGUUAAUAUAAUACUGUCAUAUCUAUUUGCAUUACAAAUAUACUGGCUAUACUUUAGGCAGAAUUUAGGUAUGGGUACGUGCAUGCAUUUUUAAAUUUUUAUUACGCUUGAAGACAUACAGUACAGAAAUAAGAUACUUAUACUAGUUUAACAAAAAGCAUACAUAGAUAAGUAGUGGAAUACACACAAAAUUAAAAGAGACUGUACUGCAAUAUUGCACUAUAUAGUGUCUAAAAUAUAUAUAGCUAUAGGAAAGUCCAGUAUCGUAACCAAAAGUGGGAAGGCAUUAAGGGCACGCCUCUUCACUCCCGAAAUCUUUUUUUUCCCGUAAUUUUAUAGUGCAGUUUACAAAAAGUCGUUAUAUUAACAACAUUUGUUAUUAGUAGUAUUAUAAAAUAUAUUGUUAUUUAUAUAAUUAUUAUGUAUAAGCAAUAGGUAAGGAGGAAUCAUUAAUUGCAGAAAUUUAUAUUUUGUGUAAAAAUGGGACUAGUCCAUCGUUAUAGAAAUAUCAACAGCUAAAUAUCUCAAUAAAUUACUAUGACAUCGUAGUUUUUGUAUGAAUCACUUUAUAGGGUUUUUUUGAGAUCUUAUCAUUAUCAGCAGUUUUUUAUCCUAUUAUUUAUUAAUAUUAUUUUGAGCCGAUCUAUUUCUGAGUUUGUGUUAUAAAAAAGUAUUAUUCAAUCUUUUUGAUUUUAAAAUACUCGUGAAUUAUGAAAAAACAAAAUAUUUUGCAAAUCAAGCAACUCAAGAAGUAGCUUUACACCCAAAAGAUUCCCAUAAUGAAUUAAAAAAUUAAUGAUUUGAAACAUCUGAAGCCCUGCAUUUCGAAUAAUUCUGUUUUCAGAUUUUAGGGAACAAUUUACGAGUGGCAAACUUGUUAGCAACUAAAAUAAUACAUUUUAAUAUUAGAUAAAUAACUAAAUAAUUACAUUUCUAAAUGGCUAAAAAAAAAUAUUUUUUAUUACUAUCUCUGUGGUAUAAAUGCAUUUAAAAUGGUUUACAUUUUAUUUUAAAAUUUAAGUGUUGUCGAUAAAUGAAUAAAUCAUGUCGUUUUAAAAUCUCAUACAUUAUGAUACAUCCACUAUCUGCUUUUAAUAUGUGCACCAAUCCACUGGUAUAGAACGACCUCUAAUUUUGUGGUUUGGUUGUAUUCAAUCUGUAGCCAGUAGGUACCACUUAUUAUAAAUAUGUAUAAUUUAUUUUCCAGUUAACGAUUGUUUAAAGGACAGACAAGAAGCAUUGGAUGAUUCAUCGAGUUCAUCCCAUAAGUACAUUCCCGAAUGCACAUCUGAUGGCAGAUAUAAACGCGUUCAGUGCUAUAAAUCAGUUGGUAUGUUUAUAGAUACACAAUAACCAUAAACAAGCAUUUUAUGUAUACAUAAUUUUUUUUUUUGAACACUCAGGAUACUGUUGGUGCACACAAGAAGACACUGGAAAACCAAUUCCAGGAACUUCAGUGAAGGACUCAAAUCCCAAAUGUGAUGCCAUUCCACCACUUUCACGCCCGAUGAAAGGAUGUCCUGAGAAUAUAAAACAAAUUUUUCUAAAAGAUCUCAUGGAUUACUUAAGACAAAAACACAGGUUUAUUGUGCAUAAUUAAUGUUUUACUUUGUGUUACUGAAUGAUAGUAAUAUUGUUUAAUAUGAAUUUAUAUUACAGUAAAAUCAAUAACAACACAUCAUUUUCAAGCAAUUAUGAAUCAAUAAUAUCUGACAUUUUUCAUUCUCUGGAUACGAAUCAUAAUAAGGUAAAUAAAUUUAAUUAUUCUGAGUGUUUCACGGGCCAUAUGUAUAAGGUGAUCCAUUUAACACUUAUUAUCUAGGAAAGUAUUACUUUUUUGAAAUAUGUUAUACAGAACAUGUAAGAAACAAACAACUCUACAAAAACUAAAAAAAAUUUCUACAUCAAAAUAUAUCUUAAAUUAUAUACAAUAUAUUUAUAGAAUUUUUAAUAUAGGUUUUCAAUAUAAAAUCAAAAGUAGGCAGUGGUUUUACCCUUAAAACUAAAGGUAAUAAAAAAUAAAAAAUUUAAAAUUACAGAACUGCUUGUUUCUUAAAUGUUCUAUAAAACAUAUUCCGAAAAAAGUUAAUAUUUACCGAGAUGAUGAGUCUACGCACUUAAAUAGAUUACCUUGUAAUAAAGUUAUAUUAUACUAUACACAAAGCAUUCAAAAAUAUAGAUUUUGGAACGGAGAGAAUGGAAGAAGUUUCGAGAAGAAAUGUCAGCUAAUAGUAAACUGAAGCAAUGUGGGAAAAAAUUACCUAGACAUUGUGAUGUAAACCAUGAUACAAAAAUUGGCUUUACAGAAUGGCUAAACUGUUUGAAUAUUAACCAUAUUCAACCUCAAACACAAUCUCAUGGUGAUUUUCUAGUUAACAAUAAUUCAAUAGUUCUUUUUUUUAAAUCUGUUUUUCUUUUCUUUUUUUUUUCAGAAAAUAAUACGACUGUAAUUGCAAAAAGAAGAGGUCCUAAUCCACUUGAAUCAUAUCUUAAAGGUGAUGACUAAACAGAACUGGAAUUCUACAAAUUUGGAAUAAAUAAAAACAAAUGAAAUUCAGCGAAAUUAAUUUAUUAAAACUGUUUGUAUUAUAUUUUUAACAGCUUUAUUAAACUAUUACUAUUAUAUAUAUAUACUUUUUUCUGAAAAUACUAUAUUGUUUCAGUUUAAUAUUUAAAAUUUAUAUAUUAUAUAUUUUUGAUUUUUAUGAAAUGAAUUUUUAAUAAAAUAAAAUUUGUAUUAUAAAUAGUGUACACUGAAAAUUCAAAACUAUUUAAAUUCAUUUUUUAUGCUUAAAUAAUAAUAUUAAAAGAAUAUAAUAUGAAUGUUAAAAAUAAUAAAAUAAGUAGUAAUAACAUGGCAUAUUUAAAUUGUUUAAUUAUUCAUUUUUAUAAUAUUUAUAAUAAAAUAUAAGGCCCAUUUGAGUCAUAAAUCUAAACAUUAUAUCACAGAUUAUACAAAAUCAUAUUAUUAUGAGUUGUAUUAAACAAUUGUUAGCUUUGGCUUAGGAUUUUAUUACAUAAGUACCUUUGUAUUGGGUUAAGACUCGUUGAUUAAAAUAUAACUAUCACACUUAGCUUACAUAUGUUACAAACAAAAGAAAAAAAAAAGUAUAAAAAUUAAACACAUUACAAUUAUUUGUUCCAUAAACAGACUUAAAUAAUAAAUGAGCUAUACGUUCCUGUUAGUUGGGAUUCUGUUGAUGUUGAUUUAACCAGAAAUAAUCUAUGUAUUAUAAUAUAAUAUAUUAUAUUACAUUCUAUUUAAUAAUUUAUCAAUGUAUAACUAAUGAGCGGAUGAUAUUUUCUUCCAGUCGUUGUCUGUAAAAAUAA